AUGAAAUGUUCAGAAGAUAAACCAGCGUCAUUAUCUUAUUAAUUUCUGGAUAAAUUGGGCGAAGGCUUAAGUUCUUUCGGAUAUAUCUGGAAAGUUAAGCAUAUCACCACUGGAUAGAUAUUUGCAUGCAAAUUAGUAAAAAAUACUAUGAAAAAAGAGAGGACUCUCCUUUAAAGAGAAAUAAAGAUUUUGUAAAUUUUAAAAGGAAAAAAGGGAUUUACCCAGUUAAUUACUUCCGGCCAGGAUCUCAGAAACACUUACUUCAUUAUGAACUUACUCGGGCAGAACUUAGAAUAGAUAAGAACGAAAUGUGGCAAUUUUGAUACUACUUCCAUUUUGAACACUGGAUAAUAGAUGGUGCAAUUGCUAAAAGAUUUGCACCAUUCUAAUAUAAUUCAUAGAGACAUUAAGCCUGAGAACUUUGUUGUUUUUUAGGAAAAAAUACAUUUAAUUGAUUUUGGACUAUCCAAAUUAUAUAUUUAGGAUGGAAAACACAUAGAAUUCCGAGAGAACAAGGGCAUGAUUGGAACUGCAAGAUAUGCUUCCAUUAAUAGUUUAAAAGGCAAUGAAUAAUCAAGAAGGGAUGACUUGGAAUCAGUAGGUUACUUGUUAAUUUAUUUAUACAUGGGUACGUUGCCAUGGAACAAUAUUGUGGCUGAAGACAAGACCACCAAGUACUACAAAAUACAGAGAAUGAAGGAAGCAUUUAGACCUGAAUCCUACAUCAACCUCCCUCCUGAACUAUCAAAAUAUCUUGCAUAUGUGCGAACAUUGAAAUUUGAUUCACAACCUGAUUACGAUUAUUUAUUAAGACUAUUUAGAAGAGGAGACGAUUAAUCUGCCACUCAAAAGUUGUUAAUCCAAUCGAAUCACUCAGUUAAAAAAGCCAAUUUAAGACAUUUAAAGAAAGCAGAAAGAACUCAAUGCAUGACUGCUCGAAAAUUGAUGAAUUAGAUUGAAACUACUAGUCACAGGAUUACGUUUGAAGAUUUGAGCUCUGCUGGAACUGAUAUAUUGGAGGAAUUAGAAAAAAAUGAGAUAAUUCAAUUGCAAAAUCUGUCAGUAGGGAUAAAGUAGCCUAAUUCUUUAAAUUUAAUGAGCAAAAUUAGAAUGGCAUCGGAACAAAUAUUUGAGAUUGAUAAUAGACUAAAGUAUUAGAGUCCUAUUUCAUUAAAAUAACUAUAAUGA